ACAUCCACUGGUACCUGUAGAGAACUGGUACUAAAUGCAGUUUUGUCUCGACAUUGCUGCUGCUGCUGCAGAGCUGCCACUGCCAAGGCGUGUCGGGCAAUGCUGCGCCGGUGCCCCCGGGAGCCGUCGGUGAGGUAAACAACCUCGUGCACCUGCACCGGGGAAUAAGGGCGUGAAAAGGGCAGAAGGUCGCCUCUAGGGGAACAGCACGUCUGGCACGAACCACACGUACACAUUUACCAUCUGUGCAUGAGCAGGAGACCCCCAGAUGCCCCCAGCCCGUUUCUGGAAGGUUCCGAGAGGGCGGACUGCGCAUGACAGCUAAUCUGCAUGGGAGUUUAAUCUCAAGACUCUCAAAAUACAACACACAUGGCACAGAUAGUAACGCUCUUUCAGACGCUUUUCAUUCUGCUACUUCAUGAUUACAUCUCAGCUGAAGAUGGUGAAACAAGAGCAAGUUGCAGAACUGCUCCAGCAGAUUUAGUGUUUAUCUUAGAUGGCUCUUACAGUGUUGGUCCAGAAAACUUUGAAAUAAUCAAAAGAUGGCUUGUCAACAUCACGCGAAAUUUUGACAUAGGGCCAAAGUUUAUUCAAGUUGGAGUUGUCCAGUACAGUGAUUACCCUGUACUUGAAAUUCCUCUAGGAGCUCAUGAGUCUACUGAAAAUCUAAUCAGGGAAAUGGAAUCCAUACAUUACUUAGGAGGAAAUACAAAAACAGGAAGAGCUAUUCAGUUUGCCUAUGACCAUCUUUUUGCAAAAUCUUCAAGAAUUUUAACAAAAAUAGCAGUCGUUCUCACUGAUGGAAAGUCUCAAGAUGAAGUCAAAGAUGUAGCAGCAGAAGCAAGGAAAAAUAAAAUCACUUUGUUUGCUAUUGGUGUUGGCUCGGAAAUUGAGGAGGAUGAACUUAAAGCUAUUGCCAACAAGCCUUCAUCAACUUAUGUAUUCUAUGUUGAAGAUUACAUUGCAAUAUCAAGAAUUAAAGAAGUUAUAAAGCAGAAACUCUGUGAAGAGUCUGUAUGUCCAACAAGAAUUCCAGUGGCAGCUCGAGAUGAAAAAGGAUUUGACAUCCUGCUAGGAUUAGGUGUGAAGAAGAAGGUUAAAAAGAGAAUUCAAGUACCAACUACUAAUGCCAAAGCUUAUGAAAUAACCUCACAUGUUGACCUGUCAGAACUGACAAGGAAUGUGUUUCCAGAAGGUCUGCCUCCAUCAUAUGUAUUUGUUUCCACUCAAAGAUUUAAAGUAAAAAAGACAUGGGAUUUGUGGAGAAUUCUAAGUCUGGAUAAGAGACCACAGAUAGCAGUCACUGUUAAUGGAGAAGAGAAAACGCUGUCAUUCACGACAACAAGUUUAAUAAAUGGAACACAGGUUAUUACUUUUGCUGCGCCUCGUGUGAAGACACUGUUUGAUGAAGGCUGGCAUCAAAUUCGUCUCUUAGUAACAGAAGAGUUUGUAACUUUGUAUAUAGAUGAUCAAGAAAUUGAAACGGAGCCAUUGCAUCCUGUUUUAGGUAUUUACAUCAGUGGCCUAACCCAAAUUGGAAAGUAUUCUGGGAAGGAGGAAACCGUACAGUUUGAUUUACAAAAACUGCGAAUCUACUGUGACCCGGAGCAAAAUAACCGAGAAACAGUCUGUGAGAUCCCAGGAUUUUGCAUGAAUGGUCCUAGUGACGUAGGCUCAACGCCUGCCCCCUGCAUAUGCCCGCCAGGAAAACAAGGACCUCCGGGCCCCAAAGGCGACCCUGGGCAGCCCGGGAAUCAUGGUUAUCCUGGACAGCCUGGUCCAGAUGGUAAGCCUGGAUAUCAAGGAUCAGCGGGAAAUCCAGGUAUCCCAGGAACUCCAGGGGUUCAAGGACCACGUGGCUUUCCAGGUAUCAAGGGAGAGCCAGGGAAAGAUGGGGCUAAGGGUGACCGAGGACUUCCUGGUUUUCCUGGAUUACACGGGAUGCCAGCACCAAAGGGAGAAAGGGGUUCUAAAGGAGAUCAAGGAGUACCAGGAAUAUAUGGCAAAAAGGGUUCAAAAGGAGAGAAAGGCGAUACAGGAUUUCCAGGAAUGCCUGGGCGAUCCGGAGACCCUGGCAGAAGUGGGAAAGAUGGAUUACCGGGGAGUCCUGGUUUCAAGGGAGAAGUUGGACAGCCUGGAUCUCCAGGCCUAGAAGGACAUCGAGGAGAGCCUGGAAUUCCUGGAAUCCCUGGAAAUCAAGGAGCAAAAGGACAAAAGGGUGAAAUUGGACCACCAGGGCAACCAGGAGCAAAAGGAUCUCCAGGGGAAACUGGUUUGAUGGGACCAGAAGGCUCAUUUGGUCUACCUGGAGCUCCUGGGCCUAAGGGUGAGAAAGGUGAACCUGGAACACAGGGGAAACCAGGAUCAUCAGGAGCCAAGGGAGAACCAGGAGGAUCAGGUGCUCCAGGAGAACCAGGCUACCCAGGUAUCCCUGGCACCCAAGGUAUAAAGGGGGACAAAGGAAGCCAAGGCGAAAGUGGUAUCCAGGGACAAAAAGGAGAGAAAGGAAGACAAGGAAUCUCAGGCUUGCAGGGAGCAAAAGGAUUGCGUGGAGAACAAGGGGAGAAAGGCGAGAAAGGAGAUCCAGGCAUUCGAGGCAUCAAUGGCCAAAAAGGAGAAUCCGGUAUCCAGGGCUUGGUUGGACCUCCUGGUCUCAGAGGUCAGCCAGGAGACAGAGGACCCCCAGGACCACCUGGAUCAGAUGGAAAACCUGCACGAGAAUUUUCAGAAGAAUUUAUUCGGCAGGUGUGUUCAGAUGUACUAAGAACCCAGCUGCCUGCCAUCCUGCAGAGCGGGAGGCUGCAGAACUGCAAUCGCUGCCAGUUCCAGAGCGCUUCCCCAGGGCUUCCAGGGCCGCCAGGUCCAAGAGGCCCAGAAGGCCCGCGAGGGUUUCCCGGUUUGCCGGGGAAUGACGGCGUUCCGGGUCUGACAGGGGUUCCGGGUCGCCCUGGCGCUCGUGGGACGAGAGGCCUACCAGGAAAAAAUGGAGCAAAAGGCAGUCAAGGAAUUGGAGUUCCUGGGAUGCAAGGUCCCCCUGGUCCUCCAGGUCCUGAAGGUCCCCCAGGUAUGAGCAAGGAAGGACGUCCUGGAGAACGUGGGCAGCCGGGUAAAGACGGAGAUCGUGGCAGUCCUGGGAUGCCGGGGCCAGUCGGACCGCCUGGAAUCUGUGAUCCAUCACUGUGUUUUAGUGUCAUUGUGGGAAGAGAUCCAUUUAGAAAAGGACCAAAUUAUUAAUUUGUGAUAUGAUACAUUAGAGAAUAGGUAUGGUGCUCGUCUUUUAUGGUCUUUAAAGUCUCAGGAAGGUGACCAGCAAUAAUCCCAUAAACAGGAACAAAAGUACCUCUGAUAUUAUAAAUUAAUACGAAUCCCAAGAGUUAUACAUUCAUUUUUAAAAGAAAUUCCAGUAAUUUUUUGUUGCUUGCAUUGAUGGAAUCUCAAGUGUUUUUAAAGAGAGAUCAAUUUUAAUAGGAAAAAAAUUAACUGUAAUGUUUGGUGUUUACUAUUUAAGUGCCCUAUCAUACUCCUGCUACCACUGAAGUCCUUUACAAAACUUCUGGUGACUCCAAUGGGAGCAGGAUUAGGUAUUAGUAGUUAUUGGUCAGGUGUAAAUUACUGUGAAAUUUUUCACAUGCAGCCUACCUACACAGUAUUUGAUUUGAAAGAAUGUGGCUGGCUUUUACUUCAUACGUGCGUGAAUCUCAUUGGCUUGUGUACAUUUCACAUGUCUUAGCUCAAAGUGUUCCAUUAGCGAAAGCAUGUAUCAGACUUUUAUAAAUUAAGAAAAAGAAGUAUUGGAUGUAUGUUAUGGAAGUAAUAUCACCUACCUUGCCAUGCAACUCCUAGUUUAAAAUCAAGGUGAAACACAAGGAUAGAACUCCUACUGAUUCAAGUGGGGCCAAGAAUUUACUGAAGAUGAUACUUUCAAAUACAAAAGGGUCCCAUGUGGGUGAUUUGGCUUAUGUGAAAACUGCAUUUUUUUAACUGGUAUACCUGGCUUGGAGCUAUAAUUUGACAAAAAUAAAAAAUUUUGUACAACCAAAAUGAAACAGUUCUGCAUAAUUAUGGAUUAAGUUAUAUACCCUUUACUGUUUCUCCUCAAGGACGGCAGUUGUCGCAUAGAAGAAAGGUCUAACUGCUGGCUAACUAGCUGUAAUGUUUGUUAUGCUGUUUCCUUGUUCAUUUUAAGUGAGCUAUGUGUAAUUUUCAUUGUAUGCUUUGCUAAUAAGGUGUAUUGCUUGCUUUUACAUAAAGAGCAAAGGCACAGUUCGCAUUAGGAUCUAAACUCCUUUUCUUAAAUUAAUGCAGAAUCCUGUAUUGAACUUAACCAAAGCUUUAUGAGCGGCUUUUUCUAAUGUGGUGUUUUUCUGUUGUACUAUCAGAGAUUGGUAAUAUGCUUGACAUUCAAGGCAAAAUAAAAUUUUGUACAGAACUGGUGGUAGCCAGAUGAGCAAUU